AUGCCCAAAAAUGAAACUGCAUUUUAUGAUUUACUAUGCAAUAGAACAAAUCCAAUCAAUCAGGUCUCUGUGUAUUACCGUCAAGCAACGUCAGCUCGAAAUUCUUCAUAUCCAUAUAUCAGUGGUGAUACAUUUCGAGCAUUUGCUGAUUAUGUUUACGAUGAAGCAAGACAAGAUAAAUUAAGCUUAGUUAAAUAUGGUGAAAUAAUUUUUGUAAAAACUGAUAAUCUAUUCAAUUUUUUCAAGUCACCAUUUGAUUCCAUAAAAAAACCAUUCGCAUUGGUUACACAUAAUAGUGAUGCCUCAGCACCAGCUAUUUAUGAAUCAUAUUUAUUAAAUCCAAAGAUUCUUAUUUGGUAUGCAUCGAAUCCAAGUGUAAGAAAUCGUGCAAAAUUAUCUCCUAUUCCGAUUGGACUAGCCAAUGCGUAUUGGCCACAUGGUAAUUUGCGUAAAUUCACAUUUGCUUUGAGAAAUCAUCGUAAACCGUGGUCUCAACGAACAAAUCUUCUUUAUGUUAAUUUUGAAGUUGCAAAUAAUAAAGCUCAACGGGCAAAAGCUUUGUUACAAGCAUCAAAAAUAGGCAAUGUAAAAGUAAUUAAACAGCGUAUCACAUUGGAAACUUACUUGGAACAGCUAGGAAAUGUAAAAUUUGUUUUAUCACCCCCUGGUGGUGGCACUGAUUGCCAUCGAACAUGGGAGACUUUAUAUAUGGGUGCUGUUCCUAUUGUUCUUUCAUCAGGACUUGAUCCAUUAUUUUCAAAAACAAGAUCAGUUAUUGUCAAUGACUGGUCGCAGCUGACACAAGAUUUUUUAUUAUCAUUCAACUUUUCCCUCAAUGACCGCAUCAUACCAAAUGUUUUAAAAGCUCGUUAUUGGCGUGAAACACUUUUCAGACAUCGACAUAAUUAUUCGCUAGUGUCACCGUAA